AUGCGUCAUUGCCUUAGCGAUGAGUUGGUGUUCAGCGCGAGGAGCCGCGGUUCCCAAGCCUGUCCUCAGGAAGCACUAACGGACCAGAACCUCGGGACGCGCUUGCUCGCCAGUGAGCAGCACCGUUUAGUAAUCAGGAGCCAGACAGAGGAUCGUUUUCCAUACUUUGACAAAAUCACCAUUCUCAUGGCGACCUUGCCUUUGCCAGACUACUUCCGAGCCUUUGAAAAUCCAGAGCAGAUAGACCCCUGUCUUUCUGCCGCAGAACACGUGCUGCCAUCCAGUGGCCAUGUUUGGAAUAUCAGUUGCACUUGCUUCUACCUUAGCCGCUGCACACCUGACACCUAUGAAUCCUACAUGCUGCGGGUCAGUCUGACAAAUGCUGUCCAACAGAAUGUGGAAUUCAUACACCGUAUUCAAGACAAGACCACCAUUGGGUUGAUGUUCUUGAUUGUCUUGGUGACUGAAGUCUGGACACAGCAACUAUCAUCUGCAGACUUUGUUUCCCAAUGCAAGAGAUCUCUGGUGCGGAUCGAUCUGGCAGCUGGUGCUGUGCUUAAUAAACAUGUAGCAUUUUCAGCCAUUGAUCAGUUUGGAAGGGCCUUUGAGGUUGGUAAUGAAUUGGCUUCACGGUGUGGAUACACAAUCACGUAUGAUGAGUGGGGAAAUAUUGUUUUUAGGGCAUCUCUUCUCAGCUGUUACACUCAGAUUGGGAAUGACAGCCAUUUCACAGUGACGAUAAGAAUAGAUAUCACUCCAACUUCCAGCAUGAGAGCCCCGGAGAGCUACAUGAAACAAGUUCGCUGCCCCUAUGUGUGGGAGGCUCGUGAAAUACUCUGUGAGACAAACUACAUGGAGGUGUCUGUUAGAAGAAAAAUCCCAGUGAUUGCUGAAAGCGUGUUCCAGGAUGAGCCGGAGGACUGGUCCAAUGCCUUUCCAGAGGCAAUAUCAGGACUAAUGUCAAUCUGGCAAGUGGUGUUCCACCUUACCUCAACUCGGAAGGCGAUGCUGGUCAAAGAUGCCCAAAGUCUUGGCUAUGGCAUAAAUACAACAGAAUCAAGGAUCCUUCUUAGAGCUCCCUAUAACACUACUGAAGCUCAAGUGCAAAGGGUUGCCGGAGUAGGAUUUACUUCCGUACGAGCCACUAUAUUUUACAAACAACGAUGGGUCAUUCUUCUGGUUGACACGGCUGUGGCCUGCCCAGUAGAUGAUGUAAAGCAUUCAGAGGGGAUAAUCACUUGGACUGUCCCAAAGAACAUUCCACCUCUGCUUAUCGGUGCCAGCACAGUGGGUAACAGCCGCACAGAGGUCGGUGUGGACCUCACCACGCUGACGGCGAACGAGCUGCUCCGAAGGAGUUAUGUGGUGGUGGAUGACAGCAAGGCCACUACAGUCACUGUACCUUUGGGGGCAGAAGGUGGCUAUUAUAAGAGUCAUGUUGCCAAUGGAGAAUAUGGUGUAACUUACCAUAUCAGGCCGUUCAUUGAAAAUUUAUGGGAAGACAACAGGUGGGGCGUAACAAAAUACACCAUUAUUAAGGAUAUCAUAUCACCUUUUCUUCGUCGGCCUCCUAUCGUAACAAAUGAAACCAUGAAAGGGACUCAAAUAUUUAAUGUCACAAUUGGAACCUUUCUUCCUGAUGUUCUGCUGGUUAACCUGACAUUUGAGCGGCUUACGUUGACCAUAGACGAGGCCGUUAAACUGGGCUAUACAGUAUCAACGCGGCAACAACCAAAUGGAAAUGUCACCUUUAUAUUAAAAGUUCCAUUCAACGAUACAAAUGUGAAAAAAGAGUAUAUCCCAGAAUAUACCAGCGUUUACACGUUAAACGUUACAUUUGGCUUCCUUAUCGUUCCAAAUAGAGAGACUUUCACCGCAACGGCCAUAAUCACAGCCAUCAGAGAUGCUGUGCCUCCUAGGGUCAAUGGAUCUUGUGCUGGAAAUAGCUUGACGCUGUUUGUUACGCGUGGAACCGUUGCUGAAAAAUGGGUUCCUUACAUCAAAAAUCAACCUGUGACGCCUGAGCAUGCGCAAGCCAAUGGAUAUCUUUACAGUACAGAUAAAACAAACUUCACGGUUUCAGUACCUGUCUCGUCAAAGCUGGUAAACUAUGAUGAAGUUGGCCCCAAGGGCAUCAAAGUAACCCUCCCAUUGACUCUAAAAGAUGGCCCCGAUGGACCCACAAUGUAUGAGUCUAGUAUAUCGUGCAUAUAUUCUGCUCCCCAGCUGAUCACGUGUUCUCCAAAUGGUACCAUGACUGUUCUAGUAAUGAAGCUUUCAUCAAUACCAGACAUGGAAUUGUCUAACCUUCGUCUAAGGGAAGCAUCAUGUAGACCUACUGCGUUUACAGAGACAAAUGCAGUCUUUAGCUUUCACGUGAACAAAUGUGGAACCUCAAGGAAGUUCAUAGGUAACACAAUGAUUUAUGAAAACGACGUAUUAUACUUCAGGCCUGGAACUACAGUUGCUGCUUUUACGCUUCAGAUCUCCUGUACGUACACAGUGAAUAACACCAUAGUGUCAAACUAUGGCUUUAUAGAAAACCCAACACCCGGUGCACAGACUGCUUCUGCUACACUUACUUUGGUUUUAAGGUUAAGUAAAGAUGUCACAUACACUGCAUUUUAUGGAGAUCCAGAGUACCCGGUGGCUAAGUAUUUGAGAGACCCCCUGUAUUUUGAAGUUGAACUCCUACAAAGCCAGGAUCCCCGGCUAGAAGUCUUCUUGGAACACUGUUGGGCAACUGCAUCACUUGAAAGGAGCAGCUUACCAAAGUGGGAUGUUGUAGUUAACAGCUGUGAAUACUUGGAAGCCUACAACACAAUCUUCCAUCCGGUGAAUGCAGACUCGAGAGUAAGAUUCCCAACACAUCUUAAGCGAUUCGAAGUAAAGAUGUUUACAUUUAUGCAAGCAGACAAAGCUUACUUGGGACAGAUCUAUUUCCAUUGCAGUGUUAUUAUUUGUAAUGCGGAGGCGCUCUCCUCUGAUCCACUCUGCAGUAGAUCAUGCAUCCCAGAGAAGCAGCGUAAGGGACGAAGUGUGGACUCUGGAAAUGCAGAACAUGGAUUUGUAUCAUCUGGACCUCUCCUGCUGGGAUCUGAGGCCAGGCUGCGUUCCAUUCCACCUUAUCACUGGCCACAGUAA